AUGAGCGUGCAUAUGAAUGAAAACAAUAUUGUCGAGUGUUUAUUCGAAGAUAUACCAUCCGAUAGUGACACUUAUACUUCUUACGAUGAUUCUGACGCCGAUGAAACAUAUUUACCUAAUAAAGAUGAUGAAAUAAUAGAAGUCAACCAUUUAUCUGACGAUUCAAUCGAUCAAAAUGACGAAGAAUUGGUAGAGAUUUUAAAUCUAGAUGAAGACUUAAUAGUAUACCAAGCAAAUCUGUAUGCAUACCAAAUUAAAAUGAAAACUAGAAAAAAUUAUAUUCCUACAGAUACAAAUGAAAUAGUGACUUUCCUUGGUAUGAAUAUUUUAAUGGGUAUAAAACGUUAUCCAAGCUAUAGGGAUUACUGGUCUACAUCUUUGGACUUACAUGACGAUUAUAUAAGUUCUCUUAUGACUGUAAAUUGUUUUGGUUGGCUACUCUCAUCUUUACAUUUAAAUGACAACUCGGUUAUGGCGAAAAGGGGUAAAACAGGUUACGAUAAAUUGUACAAAGUUCAAUCUUUUUUAAAAAAAUUUCAAGAAAAUUUUCAAAAAUAUUACCACCCACAUAAAAUCAUUGCAGUUGACGAAUGUAUGAUAAAGUUCAAAGGACGAUCAACUAUAAAACAAUACAUGCCUAAAAAACCAAUUAAAAGUGGCUAUAAGUUAUGGUCGUUAGCUGAUAAAAAUGGGUAUCUUUGGAAUUUCGAUUUAUACACUGAUAAAAGAGGUGACUCUGUCGAAACAAAUCUUGGAGGACGAGUCGUCAAAGAUCUAAAAAAUCCAUUACAGCAUAAAAAUCAUAACUUGUACAUUGAUAAUUUUAAGUGUAACACUUUUAGCUUAUUUGAAAUCAAAAGGUAUUUUUUGCUGUGGAACUGUUAA